AUGGGCUUGGGAGUCCUUCCUGAUCGUCGCCUCUCCGAUGUCCCUGGAACAUCAUUCCUCAAUGAGAAAGGUGUUUCUUCCAGCUUAGAGGGCGCUGCUGAGAAGACUCAUGCCGACCUCAAGCACGAUCCAACAGGCAAGAUCGUCCUUGUUCCCCAGCCCUCUGAUGACCCCAACGAUCCUCUCAACUGGCCGAGAUGGAAGAAGGAGAUGUUCACUGUUUCUAUCGUCAUCGGAUGCGGCUGCGUUGGUGCUAUAGGGCCCCUUCUCGGCCCGGCGUUGGUUCCUCUUGCUGAGACAUUCGAUGUGCCUCUCCAGACCUUCACGCUGGGCUUCACCGGGGCCCUUCUCAUCGCUUUGGCGUUCGGUAACCUUUUCUGUAACUCGUUGGCAAUGAUGAUCGGCAAGCGGCCAGUGUACCUCAUCACCGCCGUGGGUCUACUGUGCUCAACGAUCUGGACCGCAGUGGCCAAAGAUUUCAUCUCGCUCGCUGUCUCCCGUGCUAUCCAGGGCUUUUGCAUGUCUCCCAUGGAAGCCUUGGUUCCCGCAUCAAUCUCUGACAUCUGGUUCGUUCAUCAGAGAGGAUUCAGGAACGCGGUUUUUAAUUUAGGUGUCCUUGGAGGCAUCAACCUUGCUUCGCCUAUUGCUGGCGCUAUCAUCGACCAAUACGGCUACAGGGCCUGCCUCUGGGCCAUGGCUGGUGCCUUUGGGGUUCAGCUUCUGCUUACCUUCUUCUUCAUGCCUGAGACAGCUUACAAGCGCCCCAUUGACUCAGGCAUUCCAAUCAACUCUCCCGUGGAUGAUAUGAAGGAGUCUGUAUCUCAAGUUGAAAACAGAGCUUCAGUUUGUGGCGUUGCACCUAUUCCAGAGCGACAUUCAUUCAUUUAUGAACUCCGACCUUGGAGCGGUUAUUACGAUUCGUCUGGGUUCUGGUAUAGCAUCUUUGCACCCUUCAAAAUGCUUGGUUCGCCCGUGGUUAUUUGGGGAUGUUUCCAGCUGACAAUUUGCAUGAGCUGGUUGGUAUUACUUGCUUCCACCUUUUCUCAAAUCUUCACUGGGCCGCCAUACAACUUCUCUGUUACACAGGUAGGAUUGACAAAUCUGUCAUCUUUCGUUGGUACUUUCAUCGCGACGGCGCUGGCUGGUCUGAUGGUAGAUGGGUUGGCGACGCUUAUGGCUAGGAAGAAUGAGGGAAUUUACGAGCCUGAGUUUCGUCUCCCAAUUCUUGCUCUUCUGACUACACUUGGUGCCAGUGGGUUUUUCGGCUGGGGCCAGAGCCUUGCAAAUGCUGAGCCCUGGCCAAUUCCUGUUAUCGUCUGCUUGGGGAUGAUUAACCUGGGUAUCCAAUUCGGCAUUGUUGGUGUCGUGUCCUAUGUAGUCGAUUCUCAUCGUCGUGAGGCUGUUGAAGCCUACGCAAUGAUGAGUUUCACCAAGAAUGUCUUCGCCUUCGGCAUGAGCUUCUAUGUCAACGACUGGAUUGCGACUCAAGGUGUGAGGAAUUCCUUCUUUGUGAUUGGAGGCAUUACUAUGGCAAUCAGUAUGGCCACCAUCCCUAUGUAUGUGUUUGGAAAGAGGGCACGAAGCUAUGCAUUUCGCCAUGGGUUUCUUCUAUAAUACUAC